AAGUUCCUCGGCAACGAGCUGCAUCCACCCCGCGGCAGGCCGGAGCCAGCGAGGCCCGAAGACUGCGGAGAGUGUCGGCGCUCGGUGCCCAGCGCGCCCCCACUCCUCCUCCUUCAGGAGGACGUCUGCCUUGGCCACCGCCACCAAGUUCCGACUCGCUUUUCGGCUUGCGCAGAGCCUAGGGAGGGGGUGAGGAGCAGCCGCGCCCCCCUCCCCGCGGCCGCCGCCCCCAGGUUUUCGGCCCCGCUCCCCUACGCGUGCGCCCGGGCGUUGCUCCCCGGCAGGCUCCAGCCAUGUCGAUGCUGCCGUCGUUCGGUUUCACGCAGGAGCAAGUGGCGUGCGUGUGCGAGGUCCUGCAACAGGGCGGGAACCUGGAGCGCCUGGGCAGGUUCCUGUGGUCGCUGCCCGCCUGCGACCACCUGCACAAGAACGAGAGCGUGCUCAAGGCCAAGGCGGUGGUCGCCUUCCACCGCGGCAACUUCCGCGAGCUCUACAAGAUCCUGGAGAGCCACCAGUUCUCGCCUCACAACCAUCCCAAGCUGCAGCAACUGUGGCUGAAAGCGCACUACGUGGAGGCCGAGAAGCUUCGCGGGCGGCCGCUGGGGGCCGUGGGCAAAUAUCGGGUGCGCCGAAAAUUCCCGCUGCCGCGCACCAUUUGGGACGGCGAGGAGACCAGCUACUGCUUCAAGGAGAAGUCGCGGGGCGUGCUGCGGGAGUGGUACGCGCACAACCCCUACCCCUCGCCGCGGGAGAAGCGGGAGCUGGCCGAGGCCACCGGCCUCACCACGACCCAGGUCAGCAACUGGUUUAAGAACCGGAGGCAAAGAGACCGGGCCGCCGAGGCCAAGGAAAGGGAGAACACCGAAAACAAUAACUCCUCCUCCAACAAGCAGAAUCAACUCUCUCCGCUGGAAGGGGGCAAGCCGCUCAUGUCCAGCUCAGAAGAGGAAUUCUCACCUCCCCAAAGUCCAGACCAGAACUCGGUCCUUCUGCUGCAGGGCAAUAUGGGCCACGCCAGGAGCUCAAACUAUUCUCUCCCGGGCCUAACGGCCUCGCAGCCCAGCCACGGCCUGCAGGCCCAUCAGCAUCAGCUCCAGGACUCUCUGCUGGGCCCUCUCACCUCCAGUCUGGUGGACUUGGGCUCCUAAGUGGGAAAAGACUGAGGCCCUGAAGGGAUGGCUGAAGCAGCAACCAAUCGCAGCAACUAGGGACACUUGUAAAUAGAAAUCAGGAACAUUUUUGCAGCUUGUUUCUGGGGUUCUUGGUUCUUUGUGCAAAAUGGAAUGGUGGACUUUCACAGAUACCUUUUUACAAAUGAAAACCAACAGUGAUACCAAGCAUAGUCUCCCUCUUCUCUCCCAGGCUUCACAUUUGCAUUUCCCCUCCUGGUCCGGAAAUCAGAAAAAACAAAAAACCUCCAAAUAAACAAAAGCACCCAGUUUUGAUUCUGGCCAAACCAUGCACACACUUGAAUAGUUCAUUCGUUCUUUUCUUUUUUCUUUCAUUCUUUCUUUCAAACAGGAAUUGCAAAUCAACCAAAUUUUAAUUAUUCCCUUUAUUUAUGGAGAAAUUUUAGGGAGAAAAUGAGAAAGUGAGAGACAAAAAUCAGAACAAUGACAGGAAGAGCCUCUGGUCUGGGAGGGACUGGUUGCUUUCUUAAAUCGAAUAGGGAAAUAUAAUCUUACAACUUUUCUUCAUGGAAAAAAUUAAGUUUACAUUUUUCGUAUUUAGUGUUAAAUGACUUUAUGUAGAUUAAAAUAAAAGAACAGUAUUAGGGGGAGAAACAAGUGCCUAAAUGUUUUAAUGCUCUCUCUAUGUGAGGCAGUUAGAAAUAGAAGUGACCAUUGGUAAUACAACUAUUUUUGUCAAAUUUGAUGGGGUUUUUUGGUGGUUGUUUGUUUUCUUGUUUUUUUUUUUUUAAAUGACAAACUAAAAAUGUACCAAUGUGCAAAAAAAAAAAAAAAAAAUUCCCUAAUGCCAUUACUUCUCAUCCCCUCAGAGCUUUCAUAUCUGUAGCUUAUUCCUGUUGAAAGGUUUCUUCUGUCCCUAGUUUCUAGCUUGCAAAAGUAUGCCAACAAAUCUGGCAAUCUGGUAUUUGUUAUUAAAAUAGCAUGUGUUUUCAGGUUUCUUUUCUAUUGUACCUAAACCAGUCUAAAUUAAAACUUAGUAGAAUAUCA